UAGGACAUGGUGAAUGUGACUGUCAGUCCAGUAGCUUGACUGAUAUGGUCACUAGUUCAGCUACAUUUGCUUCCAUUAUUACUAAAUUUCUUUACACUUUUUAUGUCUUUUCACAGGUAGCAAAUCAUCAACCCCAGCAUUUACAUGUAACCCAGGUGUUGUCCAGCCAGAGGAAGAACCAGUACAUGACUUAUGUAUGGACAGGAUCAGUGCAGACCUGGACUUGCAAGAUGUACCUCCUCCAGACCCUGUUUCCCUUUUAGAACCCCAGGACAUCCUUGACCUUCCACUUCCCCCACCUCCAACCCCAGUCUUAGAACACUCCACACCUCUAUCUGACUCCUCUGCCAGCCCUCCUCCACUUUCUGCUAUCAGCCCGCCAAGGCCCACCACUCUGGCUCUGAAGACAAUGCCCCGCACCACUGGCAACAAGCAGAAUGGUGGAUCAUCAGCCCAAGAUCCAGAGGACAAGGAGAAGAAGAUAAUGGAGGAGGAGCUUAAGAAGUGCAUUGAGGAUUUUCGCAAGAUUAGAAUCCCCAAACUCUUCCCGGAUCGCAAGAGGCACUGGCAGAAUGACCUCCUGAAGAAAUACAAUGCCUAACUCACAUGAGUAGAUGGCCAAUAAAGCAAAAACUUCAUGGAUAAACAUGUUAUUCUUUCUGCGAUACAUUAGUUUACUUAAAACAGGAUCUAGUAUCCUCCCCAGAAGCACACCAUUGACAGGAAAUCUGUAUAUGCAAUCAAGAUGGAUUGUAUAAAGAUUAAAACAAAGGUAGGCGACCUGAUCCGUUUUGUUUGUCAGGGUUAGUCUGAGAAGCAGUCUUGCUUUAUCAAAUCUUUGAUGAUAUUUAAAUUUUUUGUCAAAUUCUAAUAGAGGAUCAAAUAAAUAAACCUUUUAUUCUUUUAAAAGAAAAUGUUCUGAGUAAAGGGAGAAGGAAAAGAGGGGAGCAGGGGGUUGGAAGUUGAUUGUGCCACAUUCUGUCUAGCAUUUGCUGAUUGCAAAUCAUAGCUGACAGCUGAGUAGUUGAUAGUAUCAUUACACUGAAGCUAAAUAAAGGACAUGUGUUUAAAGAGCUAUUCAACGUCUGCCUGUACUUUGGACUGAAUAAAUGCACCAC